GCGGCCGGCAUGGAGCUCUCAGAGGCGCGGCCGGGCCCGGCGCGGCGCGGUACGGCAGCCGUGGCAGCCCCGCUUUCCUCCAGCCACCGCUCCUUGCUUCUUGUCCCCGGUCCCUAGACGCCUCUUCCCCGUGCGUGUCCCUGUCCCUAUGGAUUCAGUUCGGACCGAACAGACGCUGAGCUUGCCCGCCGAGCUCAGCAGCCACUUAGAGCUGGCGGAGCCCGCGGAGCCGGCGGAGCGGGCAGCAUCGGCGGCCCGCGUAGACACGGGCCCCCGCCCGGAGACGGCUACGGAGGGCCCCGCACCUCUAUCGACGCGGGAGCCAGAGCAGGAUCAGUCUCCGAGGACCUCAACGCCGGAGUGCAAAGUCCUGCUCACGCAGGCCGACGCCUUGGCGUCCGGGGGGCGCCUCCGGGAAGCCCUCGAGGUGUACAGACAGCUCUCAGAGCGGCAGCAGUUGGUGGCCGAGCAGCUGCAGCAGCUGGUGCGCUGCCUGGCGGAGAACGUCCGGCAAGGCGAGGCGUCGGCGCCAGCGCCCCCGGACGGGGGCAGCGGUGCAAGCUGCGUGGUGGCGGCGGCGGAGACAGGGGCGGCAGCGGUCGCGGCCACCGAGGUGUGGGACGGCUUUAAGUGCCGGAAGUGUCAUGGAUUUCUUUCAGACCCCGUGUCCUUGUCGUGCGGCCACACCUUUUGUAAACUGUGCCUAGAACGCGGGCGGGCAGCCGACCGGCGCUGUGCGCUGUGCGGGGUCAAGCUUUCCGCGUUGAUGGUGGCCACCGGGCGGGCGCGCGGGGCCCGGCGGGCUGGGCAGCAGGCGCCCCCGCCGCUGCGGGUCAACGUGGUGCUCAGCGGCCUCCUCGGCAAGUUGUUCCCCGGCCCGGCGCGGGCGUCGCGACUCCGGCACGAGGGCAACCGGCUGUACCGCGAGCGCCAGGUGGAGGCGGCACUGCUCAAGUACAAUGAGGCAGUCAGGCUGGCUCCAAAUGACCACUUGCUUUAUAGUAACCGGUCUCAAAUUUAUUUCACCUUGGAAUCUCAUGAGGAUGCACUACAUGAUGCAGAAAUAGCAUGUAAGCUCCGCCCAAUGGGUUUUAAGGCACACUUUAGAAAAGCCCAAGCGUUAGCCACCCUAGGCAAGGUGGAGGAAGCACUAAGAGAGUUUCUCUAUUGUGUGUCCCUCGAUGGAAGGAACAAGAGAGCAAGAUCUGAAGCCCAAAGGCUUCUCCUUAGUUUCUUUUCACCAUCAUUCCCGGGGGAUUCUCAGGAACAUUCUCCCGAUAUCCUGAAGCUGUUGGCACCUCACCCUAGAUUAAAGGAACACAUAGAGUCAAUGGCUACUGAAGGCACCAGCCAUAAUCUACCAAAGUUGUCACAGGAAAAUCAGGAGCUCCCACAUUGUUCUAGUCAGGAGGAAGCAGCAGCCAGGGGAGAUGGCGGCAGCCUGCUGGGCCCGGCUAAAGUAACAGUGGAUGGGCCACAAGACAACAUGAAAGCCCAGGAAGGCGAGGAGGAGAAGCAGGAUGCUACCUCUCCAGAAGCUGCUUCCAUCAAGACUGGCAAAUGCCAGGAAAAGAAAAGGAAACAUUGCCAAACGGAACCGCAAGAAGACACGGAGGUGCCUAAUAAAUCCUCCAAGCAAGAUCCUCCUGCCGAUCCAGGGGCCAAACCUGUUCUUAGUAUUCCACUUGCAUCUUUUGACGCAUCUGACCUUGAAUGCUCCCUGUGUAUGAGAUUAUUCUAUGAGCCGGUUACAACACCUUGUGGACAUACCUUUUGCUUAAAAUGCCUUGAAAGAUGCCUAGAUCACAACGCAAAGUGUCCACUGUGCAAAGAUGGUCUUUCACAGUGCUUGGCAUCAAGAAAAUACAGCAAAAAUGUAAUAAUGGAGGAGCUAAUAGCUAAGUUCCUUCCAGAAGAACUCAAGGAACGAAGGAGGCUUUAUGAAGAGGAAAUGGAAGAACUUUCUAACUUAAAUAAGAAUGUGCCUAUUUUCGUGUGUACUAUGGCCUAUCCCACUGUUCCUUGUCCCCUGCACAUCUUUGAGCCUUGUUACCGCCUGAUGAUUCGUAGAUGCAUUGAGACAGGAACAAGACAGUUUGGCAUGUGCCUUGGAGAUCCUGUUAAAGGGUUUGCAGAAUAUGGCUGCAUCCUAGAGAUCAGAAAUGUUCAAUUCUUUGCCGACGGCCGCUCAGUGGUUGACAGCAUAGGCAAGAGGCGCUUCAAGGUGCUCCAUCAGGGCCAGCGAGAUGGCUACAAUACAGCUGACAUUGAAUACAUUGAAGACCAAAAGGUUCAGGGAGAGGAUUGUGCCGAGCUCAUGGGAUUACAUAACUGUGUCUAUGAGCAAGCGUCAUCAUGGUUUCAUUCGCUCAAAUCAUCCCUGAAGAAUCGGAUACUCAAUCACUUUGGUCCAAUGCCAGAGAAAGAUGCUGAUCCUCAGAUUAAUCCGAAUGGUCCAGCCUGGUGCUGGUGGACAUUAGCAGUUCUUCCCUUGGAAAGCCGAGCUCAGCUCCCGUUCCUAGCAAUGAGGUCCUUGAAGGAUAGACUGAAUGGUAUUCGGCGAGUCCUGGCCUUUAUAUCCCGAAACCAAAACUAGUGAGAGUGGAUUGCUGAAAGGAGCUCCCACCCUCCCCACUGCCGUAUGGGGGAGUCUUCUUGUAAAUACAUCUAAUUGCAAUAACAUCUUAACAGAAGAGGGUAUCAAACAGAGGCAUUAGCCUGCUGUUGAUCACAUAGAGAAAUCGAGUAGAAAGACCAAAAGAAUGUGACCUGUUUGAAACUUUCUGUCUUAAGAUGCUUCUUGACAUGCUGCACAACUACGUAAACAGCAGAGGUGUUUAAGAGCCCAGAAAAAAAAUUUUGAUUUUAUCAUAAAAUGUUCUGAAGGUUUAAAGUGGUUUUGCUUUAAUUUUCUUUCAUACAUCAAUGACCAUGUGGUUCAAAUGUGAAGCAAAGAUACUAAUCAUGUUGCUGCAUUAUUUCACUGACUUGAGGUCUCAUUCCAAAUGGUUCAGAUUUUAUGGAGCAUUGUGUAAAAUAAUGUUCAUACUUCUUUCUGUUUUAAUAAUUUAUUUUUUGCACUACUGUAUCCUUUUUUUCUACAUGUGUGUUUGUAACUAUUUAAGUGCACAUUGCUGAAAAGUCCGUUGCUUUAUUUAUUGAUGUGGUUUACCGUGUACCUAGGGGGAAAUAAUACUACUAGAAAUGUGCAAUUUUGGCUUUAAUCGUUUUAACUACAUUGAUCCUAGUUCUUGGACCAUUUCUGUACCUAUCCAAGUAGAUGUUUGAAAGAAGUUCAGAAAGAUGCUAAGAUCAUCUGUCUUCACAGAUUCCACUUUUUUCGGUUUGAAUUUAACUGUAAAAUACUUAAGGGAUUUGGCAUAGAUUAUGGUAUGUGCCAGGGUAAAGUAAAAUAAUCCAUUUUCGAUGUGUAAUACAGAACUAGGCUGAAAGAAUUACUUUUCUGGAUUGAAGAGAUGAAUCAGAGGACUGUCUCUUACUAUACAAUCUACUAUAGGCAUUUAUUUCAGCCAUCUAAUUAUAAGCGCAUCUGAUUUCCCCCCAGUGCAGUUAGGAAUGGGAUUUUAGUGAGGAUCAUAAUUAAGCCUUCAGAGGGAAUGGCUUUCCUCUGGGCACAUCCCAGCCAUACCCAACUAGCCUCUGUACUGCACCUCUUCUCAGGGUUCUGAGGAUCAAGACUUGGGCUAGCAUGUGAGGAAACACUUAAUGAAGGACUGUUUGUUGUUAAAAGUAUAAAGAAGCCAGAUAGGGUAGAACUCUUUACAAAUCUUUUUAAAAGGAACCAAUUAAUCCAUCAUUGAAUCUAAGCACUCCCUUUCUUCCUAGUUGCAAUGUAGGGGGGAGAUGAGAGGGUGAGGAGGUAAGAGUAAGCCCUUUUGGGGCUUGUUAGUGCUAGUUUGAGUCCUUCAGUGGCAGGAGAACCUAAAAAGUGCCAUGAGUAUGGGAGUGUUACAAUGGCAGAGUGAAAAGAUUAGAGCAGGGAAUAAGUGAAUUGUGCCAUUCAUAUCUUUAUGCAAAUUAAUCCCCAUGUGAUUUUUGGACAGCUGUGGUGCAUUAUCCACUCGUAGCCCAUCCACUCUGGUAAGGUAAUAGGGUAAUGCUUCAUGUAAUCAGUUUUACUUCCACCACCACCUGUGGCCAGAAAUAGGAAAGGGAGAAUGAGAUGAUCCAGACAAUGAAAAAGAGAUUCAUGUAAGCAGAACCCAAAUGGUCUUUUAUGCACUUGCCUAAUGGAUGCUGUGUUGUCAGAGCAUUGUUUUACCAGGUUUGAUGUUUGGAGCCAGACUGGGGAGGUGACGAAUGGAAGGAUGGGCGUAGUUUCUGCCCAAGCAAACUCUCCAAGGCUCAGGGAGCAGGAAAUUAAAGGCUCCUGCCUCCCACCUGGUGCCCAACCAUGUGUCCAUAGCACAGUCUUAGUAGAAUAGUUUCCUAUUAUCUAGUGUAAGUGCAGCAAAGAAAAGGGUUAUGUGCUUCCCUGAUCACUAGAUAUUUUACUUUUGGCAGGUGAUUUAACUUUUGCUGAGCCCCAGGUUCCUCAUUUAUGAAAUGGGUAAUGAUGAAUUUGGCUUAUAGGGUUGUUAUGAACAUUAAAUGAGGUAACAUAUGUAAAUCACUUAGCACAAUGUCCUGCACCUAGGAGACAGUCAACAAAUAAUAGCUAUUAUUAGAUUAGUCAUAGUUACAGAAUAUCAUCAGGGACCUACAUUUGCAUAAAAUACUGCCUUUACACACAGUAUUCACUUGACACCCCUUUAAAUUUAGUUGAGGGAAUCCAUACCACUGAAUUUUGGACCACAAUUUGAUGAUUCCUUUUGGGGUUAAGUCUGUUUGGGAAAGUGAAAAGACUGGAGAACAAAUGAAGGUCAGAGGUAGGGACCAAUCUUAUGUCAGAAAAAAUUUUCCCUUUUCAAUAAGGGGUAAAAAGUAUUGUUGCUCAGAGGUCUAGAAUUUCUGAUAGAAUGGAAGCCUUAAGUUCUAGCUCCAUUAGAAUAACCAGUUCAUCACUCCCUGUUCUCCAAAAUGUAUUGAGAAUCUUUCCCAUGCCAGGAUAAUUAGGUUUCACAAUCUGUGACAUUUGUGCUUGGUUCGUGGUAUUCCUUUAUGCUGCCCAAAGUAACAGAUUCAACAAAAAUGUAUUGGGAAACUACCACGUAGCAGGUAUUGAGCCAGGUGAUCUUACAUACCUGAGCUCACUAAAUCAUUUAUUUUUCACGUCAACCAUAUUAUAGUUAAGAAAACUGAGGCUUCACAAUGUUACUUUACCCAUGUAACAUAGUUAGCCAGUAAGUGGCCAAGCUUGAUUUUCAACCCAUUACUUUGUAGAUUUAUAGCAUUUGAAAUAGUUUGUAUUACACAUAAUUUUGUUAAACAAGCAUGGCAACCAGAUCACUAACCUUAGAAGCUUACAAUGGGAAGUCAUAGAUUAAGUUGCCUAACACAUCUCUACUUAAUCUAAGUAGAAAAGGGAGUUUGAUUUCUUUUUUUAAAGUAUUCUUUUUUUUAAACAUCAAUCUUGUUCCUUCUAUAGGAAGUUUGAUUUCUUAAUAAAAUUCCAUAUCAUACAGUGCUUCACUUUGAUAUGUGAGUACCCAACUCCAGCAAAUGUAGAUCUUGGCUAGGCAGAAUUUCACUUUACUCUAGUAGCCUAGAUACACAUUUGGGUCAUUUUAUGAUAAGCUUUUGUUUCAGUAGUGGUGGGAGGCAGGAUGCAAGGCUAAACAGGCUUUCCUUGGGACGUACUUGGACUUGGCCAUUUAUUUCUAUCACUUGGAAAUUGGCUUUGCUGUAGCUUGGAAAUGAAGAGUUUACAGAGGAAAGACAUAAUGUUAAAUCUAGGCCAGAAGGACAAGACUUCCCCCUUGGUAGAUGGUGCCACUCAUUUGGUCAGUUUUCCUGUCUAUUGUGAUGACCCAGUCUUUUCCUAGUAGGUUAUUUUUUGUCUGUUCAUGUGCAUACGUGUGUGUGCAUAUAUAUCACACACACACAUACAUACAUAUACUAGGUAGCAAGCAGACAUCAUGCCUUUCUGCUUUGUACUGUACUACUGCUGCUAGCAAAUAACCAGCAAAAUGUAGAAAACGAAAAACAAACUAAUUUUCUGUGGACAACUUGGAGAAGAGAAUGCUUGCCCCUGACUUAGGGGGGCAGAGAAUUGACUAUUUCAACAGUUUGCCUUUUCUUAAGGCUGACUGCUUCUAGCCCAGUGCUGCCUUGGCAGCAAGGGGCAAGCCAAGUCAUUGCGCAUGUGGCGCUUCCAGCUCUGCCUGUGGAGCUGGCCUGGGCUCAGAUAAUCCCCUGUGACUGGCCCUUGGAGCAGUAGAGCUCCUGAGGCUGGUUCACAGCACCCAGAGGUCUCUUCCUGUCAACAGAUUGCAUACUGUUGAUGGACUGCAAUCCAUCGGGGAUUGUGUUCCCCAAGCCAACUCCAUUUCUAAGAUGGGAGUUUUAUUCAGGGACUCAUUCCUUGAGUUCCCAACAUGUUGACUUUGCAUCCAUUUCUGCUCACCAAGGCAGAAUCAUAGCAGAGGUGUGUGACAAAGAUGCAAAUAGAAGGCAGCCCAACUAAUGGAAAAGUGUUGGUCUUUAGCCCAGUCCUGGGCCUAAGGAAUGAGAUUUUGAUUUAUGAUUGAAGACAGUUCUGAAAAGCAGCCAGCUGCAUGGGCUGCAAUCUGUGCCCCUUCCCGAGUGCAGAGAGAAGGAAGGGAAAGGAGCCAUGUAAAAUGUAUGCAUUCAAUUCCUCUUAGAAUGAUAGCUCCUGCUUAUUACACUGUUCAACUAUCUAAUAAUCUGGAUUACGCACAUCCAGAGGUGAGAUGAAGAAAUUUUCACUUACAAAGGGGUAUUUACAAACAUGCUAAGUUAACCUCCAGAGAGAAGUGCCUGUAAUCUCUGUUCCUGGUAUCACUUUAUAGCUUUUGCUUCAUGACUCUGUAGCCAUUUAAAAUGUUUUUGCAGCAAACGUGAUUAACAGAAGUUUACAAAGCAACACUGUAGCUUAUAUGUAAUUUUAAAAGUUGAUUAACAUUUAUCUAUUGUUAAAGCAACAACAAUAAGCAACAACGAAAUAAAAGGAGAGCAAAUAGGUCAAUGUGACACUGUAGGCUUAUCUUAGAUAAACAAGUUCCAUCAUUUUCUGCAGUUCCCGGUAAUGCCAGGAUUAAAAUAUCAAGCAAGCCACUCAACAGUGGCAAAUGUGUAUGUGUGUUUGUUUUCCAAUCAUUUGUUAAGCGGCCAUUUUACUCUUGCACUGUAAUGAUCUGAAGGGAAAUUAAGAUAAUGCUCCCCUCCAUACUGCUAUUCAACUACCUCUAUAUGCUUGAUUUCUUUUUAGGGUUGCCCUUCUUCCAAAUCUGUACAAAAAAAGUUUCAGCUCAUCUGUGUUGUAAUAACAAUGUGAUAUAGACAGUCUCUGUGAAAGUUGUUUGUUCAUUAAAAAAAAAAUGUUU